AUGUCCUCUUGGACGUUGUCUGCGAUGGGGGUGGGGGUGCAUAUGCAAGACCAAGGAGGGAACGGCCUUGAGGGAGCUGCGCGCUCUCGUCGAUCUCCUUCCGAGAUUGAAGAGGAGCUUACACUUGACUCGGUGCUGACUACUGUAGGGGAGGCUAUUGGGUCCUCCUCUAUUUCUCCUGUACCUUCCACGUACUCAAGAGAAUCUUCUUCUUGCUCCCUAGGUUCUUCGAUGCCUUUGGCAAGGCCCAAGAAAUCGGGGCAAAGAUGA